UGGUUCCACUCGAACAGUAAGAUAAUGAGUACACCACGGUCACAUUGACCUGUCGAUACCGAACAGAAACAUACAUGUAAAAAACAGACCACAUGUAUUCAAAGAAGUUUGAACGGUUCAUCUUAGGGGUUUGUACCCGCUGUUUAACAAGCGCGGUGAAUGGCACUACAACUUCAGCUCGGACUGCAGUCAGCUGGACUUCAGUGCGUAAACAUCACAAGCAGUUUCUUGAGCGUCGCUCUCAAAAUGGUUUCGCGGUUGUGAGGAUUCGCCACGCCUCCAAGACCACUGUGGACCCAAAUGAGGUGAAGAGGUUCCAGCUUCUUGCCACCAAGUGGUGGAACGAGCAGGGAGACUUCGCAGCCCUCCACUCAAUGAACGACCUCAGGGUGCCUUUCAUACGGGAUAAUCUGUUGAACGUACAUGGCGGGCGGCAGCCGGGGAAACCCCUGGCAGGGCUCAGAAUACUGGACGUAGGCUGUGGCGGUGGGCUGCUCACUGAGCCCUUGGGUAGACUGGGGGCAGAUGUGCUAGGCAUUGACCCGGUGGCAGACAGUAUUGGGACAGCGGAGGUACAUGCCUGGCAUGAUCCAGACCUGCGUGGCAAUGUGCGCUACCGUGCCAUCACUCUGGAGGAGCUCUCUGAGAAGGGGGGGAAGGGAGCGGGUCAGUUUGAUGCGGUGGUGGCCUCUGAGGUGGUAGAACAUCUGGCUGACCUGGAAACCUUCACACUCUGCUGCAACCAGGUGCUCAAGCCAGGAGGCUCUCUCUUCAUCACCACCAUCAACAAGACCCAGCUGUCGUACGCCCUGGCCAUCGUGGCAGCAGAGGAGGUGCUACGCAUCGUGCCCAGCGGAACCCAUGACUGGGAUAAGUUUGUCACCCCCGUGGAGCUGGAGCGCCUGCUGGAGUCCAAUGGUUUCCAUGUGGAGUCUAUCCGAGGGAUGCUGUAUAACCCUCUGUCACGGGCCUGGAGCUGGACAGAGAGCACCAGCAUCAACUACGCCCUGCACGCGGUCAAACUCGAGGAGGAACCGAACCCCGACGAGGACGACCCCGAAGACCCCACCGUGAUAGUUGCCCAAGCUAAGGCCAGACGCUGGUACAACUGACUUGACCAUGGAAGAGAGAGUGGUCAGCUGCAGCACAGAUCUUCUGAUCUCUGAAAGGAAAGGCAAUGGACCUAACAAAAACAAAGCUAUUGAAAGUUAUAGUUCAGUGCUUGAUACAAGUACAUGAUGUUUUCUUUCAGCCAGGCCAUGAUUGUUCUGUGAGUUCAAGCUUAAUGAGUCCCUCUGAAUUGUGUGAACUGUUUAAGCUUUCGAGGCUUGUCAUUACAAUGCCAUCUGUUAUGGUAGAAGUGUUCAUCACCAUGGUUGACAUCUCAGGUCUCUGAUUUACUAUUGAGCAAGAUGUUUUCUUCAAGUAGAGUCACAAUGUGUCUGUUCAUCAAAAUCCAUUGUGUGGAUAUUGUUUGUCUUGACAUGCUUAUUAAUAUCCUCCAUUAGGAAAUGAAAUAGUUUCCUUUAAGAUUCUCUGAUCUGAUGAUUAUUCCUCUCUAGUGUCAUUUCAACAGUGUGAAAAUAUAGUCCAAAUCAGUGA